GGCAGACUUUCAAAUCAUUCAUACUUUUUAAGCUGCUUAAGCUACAAAUUUAUAGUCCGUUAUAUUUAAAUUGUUGUUUUACAUUUCGCAAACUAAUUGGUCUUAAACUUUCAAUAAUGAAUAAUGAAGCAUCGAGAAGGAAACGCCAAAGGUGCACCGCAUCGCUCAGAGAUAUUUUGUCAAAUCUGGGCAUUCAUAACAGAAGGGACUGGUUCGAGUAUUUUGAUAAGACUAGACCGCCGCAUAGAAGCGAAACGUUGGCCAAAAAAUCUGAAAGAAAAUUUAAGGAACAUUCAAUACCUUUAGAAAGACAAAGAAGGCAACUUGAAAGAAGCAAGAAGCCAGAGUCACUACAGACGGUGAUUCCCCAAAGGGAAAGUUGGGUAGCCCGAAUCUUCGAUCAAGGACCUAUUGAGCAAAUCAGCAGCCUGGUCUUCACUAUAUUCACCAUAGCUAAAUCGGUGGUAUGGAGUAUUAUAAUGCCAUGCAUUAAACAUGUUUUCUAUGAGCACGGCUUCCAUACAUUUCCUCCAUUUAUAUUUUAUCCAUACGAGUCUAUUAUGGAUAGACUAGCCCCCUUGAAUUUAAGUUCACCAGCUCACUCGGACCAUUCAGUCGAUAACUAACGCCAAA